GGGCCUGGGGCACAAGCAGAACAGUGGGGACUGGAGCAUGUCUGGUCGCGGAGGGUAUCGUCCCGUCGCGGAGCCGGUGCUCCGGUGUACGUCUACAUCAUGGCGUUACAAGCGCUCCAGCAAUUCUUCCAGCAGCCGUAUUCUCCGCCGGUCACCCUAGGGCUCAUCGCGUUGAUGGCGGGAGUCCACUUUCGACCCGCAGGAUUUCUGGAGGAUAGUCUUCCGUACGUGUCGGAGAUUUGCAUGAAUCCAGCUCUCGUCGUCCAGGAGCGCAACUGGCGGCGGCUGUUACUGAGCGUGCUGUUCCACGCGGACGACGCGCAUCUGAUCUUCAACAUGGUCUCGCUCCUCUGGAAGGGCGUGCAUCUCGAGCGCCGCCUCGGCUCACCGCGCUUCGCGGCCCUCGUGGCUGCCUUCGCGCUCCUCUCUCAGUCCCUGCACGUUGCUGCUGCGCGCUUGCUGUCUGACGUGCUCGCGGUGCACACGCCGUUCUACAGGGAAUGCUCCGUGGGGUUUUCAGGAGUGUUGUUCGCUCUGAAAACCGUCAUGAACGCGGAUUCGCCCGCUUACUCGUCUGUGUAUGGGUUUGUGCUGCCCACUAAGUACGCAGCAUGGGCAGAGCUGCUGCUGAUUCAGCUGCUGGUUCCGGAAGCUUCUUUCCUAGGGCACCUGUGUGGGAUCCUCUCUGGCCUGAUCUACCUCCAUGGCCCUUCCCUCCUGCCGCGCUCUGCUCGUGCCUCCGCCAUCCUGUCCACGCUCGCUGCUCCGCUGCUCACGCUCUUCCCGUUUCUGUGCAGCUCAAGAGGGCGCACUUGGGGGUCGGGACAGUCGGGGCAGGCCGCCAGGGGGGGGACAGGGGGCGGGGGACGAACGGGGGGGAGAGAUGUGGGGAGAGGAAUGGUUGAUGAGUAUGGAAGAGACACUGCUCCUUCUGCACCUACUUUUCCAGAGGUGGAGGACGAGGAGGGGAGGAGUGGAGUAGCUCAGCAGCAAUCACAGCAACCUCACAUGCAGCAAGGGCAUGUCAGUUCUGCAGAAGAGCUGAGGGCUCUGAGACUACAAAGAUUUGCUAGGUGA